AUGUCCAUUCCCGAGCGCCGAUAUACACCACCGUUAUUUCGUCGCGAUUUUCACGUCGCAAUUAUUUGUGCAUUACCUCUCGAAUACGAUGCUGCCUGCCUUAUUGUAGACGAGUUUUGGGACCAAGAUGGCAAACAGUACGGUCGCACAUCCGGUGAUCCUAACACUUAUAGAAAUGGGCGGAUUGGGAUGCACAAUGUCGUACUUAUGUUACUCCCGAACAUGGGGAAAGUCACCGGCGCCGGAUCAGCAGGGAGCUUACGCACAAGUUAUACCAGGAUAAACCUUGCGUUUCUUGUCGGCGUAUGUGGCGGAGUACCUGCACAUGGCAUGAUUCUUGGGGAUGUUGUUGUUAGUGACGAUUUGGUUCAAUAUGAUUUUGGCAAACAAUACCCCGGCCAAUUUGUCACCCAGGACACAGUUCAGGUCUACCCACGCGCUCAGCCCAAAGAUAUCCGCAGCCUCCUUACUUAUUUCAAAACCGAAUCCGGCAAAAGGGACUUACGAGUGGACACUGCUAAGCACAUGAGUGCUCUACAAGAUGCAGCAGUCUCCCAAGGUUAUACAUUUAAAUAUCAAUAUCCAGGGCCUGCAAAUGACAAUUUAUUUGCUCCCACAUAUCGUCACAAGCAUAGAGAGGCGUCUACUUGCAAUAUCUGUUGUGGAGAGGUAGAGUUAUUUUGCGACAAGGCUGCAGCAGCAUCUUGUGCCGAGCUUGCCUGCGAUGAAGCCUUUUUAGUUCCUAGACCGCGUUUAGCAAACCAUCGAGGUCAAAAAAGCCAACACAACCAGAGGCCCGAGGUUUUCAUUGGACGCAUCGCCUCAGCAGACAGAGUGAUGAAGUCUGGGGAGCACCGUGAUCAAGUUGCAAAGCAGUACAAUGCCAUUGCCUUUGAAAUGGAGGGAGCUGGAUUAUGGGAUGAGAUUCCAACCAUCGUUGUCAAAGGAAUUUGCGAUUAUGCGGAUAGCCACAAGAACAAGUCAUGGCAGCCAUUUGCGGCCGCGACUGCAGCAGGUGUCACAAAGUCUAUACUGAACCGGUAUAACGUUGAUGACGGCGCUGAACUGGUAUUGAGUACCAUUAAUGAAACGAACCACGAUCAAAGCAAUUCGCGAAUCCCAGAUACGGGCAGUCUGAAAAGUGUGAUGUCGUCGAGUACUACUACUCCCUCUACGGGGAGUUGGUGGAAGUCGUUGCAGGAUGCAGCCGAUGACUUUCAGCGGGCUCUCAACACUCAACAAUGCAAACAGCUACGAAAUAUCCAGGCUGUCCCAAAUGCUACUUCAGUCCUCAUCUUUACCGCCCAACUUGAUGCUCGUAACAGGGAGAGGAAGGGAUCUAGCAUUGCCAGUAGAUUUCAUUCCAUUCUACAAUCUGUUCGUGACUUUUCAGCCAUAAUUCAUGACUCUACGGGAUGUCCCCCGGAACUUUCGAUUCACCUUUGGGGUAGCGUGAAACUAACAAUAAUUGUAAUAUUCGGUCUCGUCUCACAUUAUGAAACUCUCUCAAAAGUCUUCAUGAACCUUGGCAAGCUAUGCCCACAGCUAUCAGAGUACAAUACGGCGUUUUCAACUUCGAUGCAGCUUCAAAGUUCCCUCGCAGACUUUUACGCAUCCAUCAUUCGUUGCUGCAAGGAUGUCAUUAAAAUCGCCCAGCGUCCAUGGCAUGAGCAAAUGUUUGGGACCCUUUGGGACUCUUUGGAACUUGAUUUCGAACCCCAUGCGAAUGAGGUCCGGAGAUAUAGUGAAAAUGUCGACCAUGCGUUAUCACAGGCAAAAACAAAUCUGAAAGACCGCAUGGAAGCUGAACAGCGAAAUAACCCAGGGGAUCGAAAGGUGACGAACAGUGUCUUCUCAAAGAUGGGAAAAAGAUCCCGUAAACAUGACAAUUGGCAGGUGGAUGUCAAUGAGUGGAGAGCCAAGGAACGAAAACAAAAGCUCCUUGAUUCACUUUCGACGCAUGAUUAUCUGACUCCACUUAAGCAAAACCGUCGAAAACGACAGAAUGGCACGGCAGAGUGGCUUUUUGAAACACAGGAAUUUAAUAAUUGGAGCAAUGCCCCCAGUUCCAGACUUCUCUGGUGUUCCGGAAAAAUUGGUUCGGGCAAAACAAUCCUCACAGCAAGCGUGAUUGAUAAAGUCUUGACUGAGAAGCAGGAUCCGGAUAUUUUCGUUUCUUUCUUCUUUAUCAGAUUCGACGAUGCCGAGUCAUGUAAAACCGAUGUCAUUCUCAAGUCGAUCUUAUGGCAGAUCCUAGACACGACAGGUUUCUCAGAUGGAAUGGAAAGUUUACUGGAGGAAUCACAGCGCAACUCACCAUAUGACCCAAAAGAUCUUUCUCAAAUGCUCAAUUUGGCAGCCUUACAACUUAAAGGGCUCUAUAUCAUCAUUGAUGGGUUAGAUGAAUGCUCGAAGAGAGAUCGUGAUGGCCUACUCCAGGCAUUUCAAUCACUUUUCUUGUUCCGGCAGAACAUUAAGAUCGAUGCCCUCUGUUCACAGCAUUGCGACGACGAUAUUCGUCAAACUAUUCGUGAUUUGCCUAAGGAUUUGACGGAGACCUUCAAACGUGCCCUUCGGCGAAUUACUGCACGACGCAAUGCUGAUGUUGCCUCGAAGAGCUUCCGAUGGGUUGCCGCUGCAAACAGACCUCUUUCUGUUGAUGAGCUAAGGAAGCUAUCUUCAUUGAGAUUGGCCAGGAAUAUUCCAGACUAG